UCUCCCUCACUCCUCCUUACCCAUCCAGCCCUUGGCUACAGAAGAGAUGCGCGGUUAUUGAUCUUGCGGGCAGAGCUUAGUAUAUAGCGAUUGAUCAGGACCCGCUACUUGCAUUGGCACACAGUCAGCAGCAACACCUCCACUCGCUGACAGUCGGCUGCACAGAAAAGGGAGGAAAAGAGAGGGAAAGACAAAGCAGCAGACGUCUCUCUCGCUUUCAGACCGGAACACCGAAGAUCGCCCCGGGCCAGGAGUCUGCCGAAGCACCUACCUCGGUCCUUUGUUUAUUUAUUUGCGAUCCAGCCAGUAGCUCUUCAUCUUCCACAAAACAAAAACGUUGGUCAGUUUCGGGCCGUUAAAAAAAGUGUAUUGAUGACGUCAAGAGGGGGAUGUUUCUGAACAAACUGCCUGGAUAAAAGAAAAACAGAAUGUGAGUCUUCGGUUGUCGCCAAAGAAGGACAUCGCAAGAGAGAUCCAGGACUCACAGCCCAAGAAAUCUAGAAGACUGCACACUUAAGAAGCUUGAUAUGACCUGUCCUGCCAGUUGGACACAACAAUCGUCUUUGGCUCAAGAAGGGUGAGACAGAGAUCCUCCUCUUUCCUUGCUGGUUCUUGUUCACGAGUCUGCGGCAUCAAAUCCUCAGCACCCUCUGUGAGCCGUUCUUUUAAACCAAUGUUUUUGUUCUCCUGCCGGAUAGGAAAUGGAGAAUAACAAAACCAGACCUUCUGCCGGAAUGUAGCCCGACCAACGGCAGAAAACAUCUUACGAAAUAAUCAAGCAAAGAAGCAGGCAGUCUUUUUUCUCGGGUGUCUCUUGGAAAAAAUACUCUGGCGAUGCUUUCAGCUUAUUUCGUGCAAUAAACGAAGACCGGUGCAGCCUCGCAGGAGAUAGAGAGAGAGCGGAACAGGAGAGUAGCUGCCCUUUGUCAUUUGUCCGGCAAUCUUUCUAUGCAAGCUUUGGUUAGGGGAGAGAACUGCUGUUCCUGGGGCGGAGAAGAUCUUUUGAUCACAGUGUUGAUCACAGUGCGCCAAAAAUUAAUGAUCACGGCAGCUGCCCGUUGAGUGGACGUGCGUCACGUCCUGCUGUGACGUCACUACGUGGGGAGUGACUCAUCACCAUGCACCCGCUGUGCGCAAGAUAAACAAAGUGCUGGCGUUGUGCGCAGCCAAGGGAAGUAAUCGUUGGCGCAGUUUGCUCAGACAGGUUUCGGAGGUAGGGGAAGCCACUGUGCCACUUCUCGUCCGACUCCGCAGUCGCAGGCUGGCAGCAUGGGGUGCUGCUGAUGGUGCCCUGCCAUCUGUCUCUGCUCACCGAGCUGAGGAGGAGAACUGCGGGCUCCGAUGGGUUGACCUGCUUCAGCGAGGACUAAAAUGUCCCGUCUGGUGUACAGAAAGACAUGGCGACUGACUCUGCUUGGUUGUGUUUGUCUGACAUUAUCUGGAUUGGGGAUGGCAUCGAUGCAAGUUGUCCCAGAUACCACAGGCAAAGAGUUUUUUCUCCCUUCUACCCCCGACUUGGACCCUUUUCCUCUCUUCGACAUUUUAGAGGUUGUGGCAACCAGAGCCGGCAAAGGGCAGGCAAGCCAGGCCAACCUCACUCUCACCACGACUUCCGGUGACGUUGUGCUGGCGUUAACGAUUCCAACCAAUCAGACAGCCCACAUAUCGCUUCAGAACCUUGGGCGAGGGAAUGGAGACGGCUACAGACUUUCAAGUACUGUGGAGGUUUCCGUGCAUGGUCAUCUGUCCAACGGAAGUGACAUCAUCACCAUGAUUCCUUUGGAUGACCUCGGAACUGCCUACCUCGUGUCCGACCUGCGUGUCUUUGACUGCGCAGAGACAUCAGUGAUUGUGUUCUCCACUGUGGUCAACACGACAGUCAAGGUAGUUUACUAUUCUUCAUCAGAGGCUUUCAACGCCACUGCGCCGACCAGCCAACGAGAAUACACGCUCCCCAACAGUCCUCGGCAAACAGCACCAGCGACAAUGCUGGAGCUGCUUCUGCUGAUGGUGGUGGUGGUGGGCAGAACACGAGUGAUGUCAGCAGCAUGGCUUACUCCAUCGACAUCAGCAACUCAAGCAGAGUCGACGACAGCGGCGCCAUUGCAGCUCCAAACAGUUCAAGCUCGACCAUUUCUUCAAGCAGCCAAACCGUGGGCGUUUCCCCCAACGGCUCCACCACGUCCGCAACGACGGCUACAACGACGUUGUCGACGAAGUCAUCUAUAACAAUCACAACGUCGCAAGGCGUUGCAGCAAACGCCUUCACUGCUGCUCCUACAACCGCCGAUCCGACGACUGUUGUGGCUGAUGCUUGGGGGUCGCGGAGUUUUCCCGAGGUGUCCGAACACUUCUUGGCAUCGUCUUUGCAGACGCUUGUCCUGGACAUACCUCGCAACGCCACCAUCUUCCUCCAAGCCGACAAGCCUGUGGGCGUCUUCGUGCUUGUUCGAAAAUCAUCAUCAUCGUCGUCGUCAUCAUCGUCAUCAUCUUCAUCGUCGUCGUCGUCCACAUCGCAGUCUCCGGGUGCAGUGUCCACUGUGGAACACUUUACCCAAAAAUCCUCCGCCGGCAAUGGUGACGGGACUUUGGCAGGACAGUCGUCAAUCCUUGCAGGAGAAAUGGUGCCUCCGGUGUCCUCGCUGGGCAUGCAGUUCUACUUUCCACUGCUGAGUGAGAUGAAGUCCUCAAACUCGUCAUCUCAGGUCAGGAAAACACUUCCAUUUUACUUCACUGGGAUGGCGGAGGCAAGGUCGAGAUGUUUCGCUACUUUCUGGCGGCCAACACAAGUUUGUCUAUCGUCCAGCCAUCGCUCGUAUCAGCCGCAGGUGGGUACUUCUGGCUGACCUCCCUGGACUUUCCCGUGCUUGUGCACGUGGUCGCUGAAGUAUGUCUUCCCGCCACGACAGAGGGCGCAACUGGUGUCAAAGAAGCCAGUAAAUCUGUCAAUGCCUUCUUCCUACCUCCGCUGGAACAGUAUUUUCGCUGUUACGCGGAACCCAGUUCCAACUCGUGCGUCCGGGCCUGCCCUCGAUUCUGGGGCUCGCAGCCUUGCACGCCGGGACAGGAAUCCGCAGAAGGUCAGAAAGUCGGCAUCCUCGAGGGUCAGAGGUCGUGGGAUGUCUACCAGACCUCUAACGUGUCGUCGCUGGGAACGACGGACAUCUGUGUCAGCGCCAACGACAGCUUCAUGCAGUUCCGCCUCGACGCUGUCUCGGCAACCUUUGCACCCGCAGGACAAGGCUGGCGAAGCUGUACCGCGCGUGCGUCAAGGAUAUCAUCGCGAAGGGGGGUCUGGGGACGGGAUCGACAACGAUUGCGACGGCUUGAUCGACGAGGAGGUCGAGAACAUGUUGGACGACGAUGGCGAUGGCAGCAUCGAUGAGGACACGUCGGCCCAAUGCGCGUCUGAUGUCAACUCCAGGACACCGCGCAGCGGAGACUUGCAGAGGGCAGUGGCUGACCCCAUGACCCAAUUCUACGACUACGACGACGACGAGUCGGGCAUGCCUCUGCUGGCUGUUAUCAUCUCCCUUUCCACCGCCAUUUUCGCCGUAAUCCUCGUUAUCAGCAUCUUUCUUUUGAUGGAGCUGAUGACCAGGCGUAGACAAAUCCGCAACACUAAAAUACGACCGUUUGUUUCCUGACUAGACCAAGCCUCCUCGAGUGAUCACAAAAAGUUCCCCCAGGGCUGUAUGUCGGCUCUGGGGAGACGGACCCAACCCUGCGGCAAAGAUAAGGACAAUAUUGAGCUGGUAGACUUAGAUGUUGCAUGAAUUUGGUUUCCCAUACAAAAUUUUUAUCCAAUGUCAAGAAUUUCAAAAAAUAAGGAAACAUCUAAAUGCAAGCUUUUUUAACAUUCUAAUCUUCUUUAAACGAUAUUUGUUCGUUAGAGCGUCCGUGCUUUCUUCUGGAAGGUAUAUAUAUAAAAACAAACAAUUUUUUUUAAAAUAGAAGACGGUGAUAAAUAUUCUUUCCCUUGUCGCUAUUGCGUCUCAGAACAAUAAAUUUUAAGACAAACAAUGUCGAGAGUAAAAAUAAUUCCAUAUAGCAAAUAAUUAUUAUUCAUUUCCUCUCCUUUUAGCUUUAUGUGAGAAUAUGAACUUUAAAAAAAAUAAGUAAUUUCGUACUGUCUCGUUAUUUUAUGAGAGCACGUUUUAAUAAAAGAAACUAACCAGUAAAAGUAAUUAUGUAUCACCAUGCACUUACAUAAUAGCGCACACCAAAAAUUCAAGUCCUUUUGUUUUAGCUCCCUUUGCUACUGAGAUGAACUCUGAUCACUUGAGGAGGCUUGGCAGUUAACUUCCUUUUGCCUGGAAUACAGAAAGAACACAGCAUAGAAUGACUGCAUAAUGGAUAUAAUGCCUUUGUGGAUAAUUAUGUUUAAAAGAAAUCUGUCAGAAGAGACCGUUUUCGUUGUCUCGUCGGCAUUUACAGCAUUGUGUGUUGUCAGUCCCUCGGCGCCUGAUGACCAGUUGUCUGCCUUGAUGUGAAUGUUCUCCCUUGACGUACGAUGUCUCUCUCUCUCACACACACACACAAACACACACUUCCACAUCCCCUACCAAUUGCUACAUUUGCCAUGGAAUGUGUCAGUAAUAAUCGGGGCGGCAAAAUUUGACUGAAGCUACCACGAAGAUGCAUGUCGUUUAUUUUCUCGACAACAAAGACUUCUGGUCCGCAUUUCUAGGAUGUCUUCUGUAUUUUCAUUACGUGGGCUUUCUCAAAAUCUCGAUUAUUCAUUACCUCCAAUUGUUUUCUGACUUUUUUUCAUGUUUACAAUUAACUAAGGUCGUCGCUUCAUUACAUAUGUGUUUAUACAGAUCACUGUAUGUCGACAUUCCGUAUUAAACAUUUUUUGUCUAUCAUAUUCAAUAAUUAUUUCCAAAGACAAUAGUAAACAUUUCUAUUUAAAAAAUUUCGUCAGUAUUAAAAAGGGUCUCAUUUACAAUAACUGCUCCAUUCCUAACAAAUUUUUCAAAGAUACUUUUUUUCUAUGUACAUACCAUGUCACGAAACGCUUUCUACCUACAUGCAAUGCUAGGUGCUACAAUAUGUUUUGUACCUACAUACCAUGCCAGAAACAUUUUCUACAUUCAGAAAUGGCCAAGAAAUAAUUCCUUUUUAUGUACAAUAACCUCGACACACUUUAAUAAACUCCAUCUAGCCAAAUUAUCAGUGGGAAAUAUCGAGAAACAAAUCCAAUAUAUCAAAGACAAAACAGUAUUCACCGACGUACACAUAUUUCAUACAUACAUUCUUUUGACUGGCACCAGCUGAUGAGUCCAUGCUGGUCCUUUCUGUUGGUAACCAACGGUUUGUUCAUCUUUCUUUCCUCUUUCUUUCUUCUGAACGCUGCUACAGAAACCAAGUGUUUCCACUAUGCAGUAUUGAACCCUCACUAAGGCAAUUAACUCCACACCUUAACGUUUUUGCCAGAAUAAUCUAUUACGUCCUGGCACAGUUGUUGAUGCUGAUACGUCUCUGUCACGUUGUCACGUAAUUUUGCGGGCAGCAGAUAGACAAAUCUUCGUUGAUUAAAAACAAAGAUCCUUCAGUUCUCUCCCUCUUCCCACUCAGCUGCUAAAUGGAAUACUAACUCCUUCAUUCUCUCAGUCAACGUCUCUAAGACACUGACACAUUGUUUUUACAUCUCAUCUGUAUACAAAUAUUAUUCUAACCUAUGUAGGCACGUGCAUGUUGCAAAUGUGUGUGUGUGUGUGUGUGAAUUAUUCUCAUUGUACAUAUUUUGUACAUACAGGAGCUAAUAAGGUCAUUCUUAACAUUGUAUUUGUUUAUGUAUAUCCUACAAAAAUAAAAGCAUUCUUUAAGCUAUCAUCUACCCCAUUCUCUCCCCUAACCCCUCGUCCUCUCGCUUUUUCGUCGUCCUUCCAUGAUUACUGUUUUUGUCUUAUGGUCUUACUUCUUAAAUAUGAUGCCAGACUGAUGCAAAUGAUCCAAAUGCGACUGAAAUGCGAUGGCGUUUUGUGUUUGUUUCUUUUUUUUCUUUCUUGUGAAAAAGAUGUACGAAUUAUCGGAAACUGCGUACACUCGUGUGUCUGCUAUCCUUAAUCGUCUUCAAGACUGUUAUGUCGUGCAACUUCUAACGUACAAUUACUGAACUUUAAAUGCUCUUGAUUAAACUAUUAAUCUUUUGUAAACUUCUAGCGACAGCAUGUGACUCUAGGCCAGUUAUCUUUCAGAGAGAAUUUCAGCAUUCUCAGCCUUUUUCGAUAUUUGUAAUUCAGGGGUGAGCACAACAGUAGCAGGAAUCUGUAUCUUCUGAAACUGAUUAAAUGAUGAGAAGGAGGAACAGAAGAAGCAGCAGCAGAAAAAGAAAACGAAGACUACCAUUAUGUGAAUUUCUAACCAUGUAAAUUUUAAGUGUUUUACUUGUUAGAAAAGCCAAACAUUUUAAAAGAAUCAGCCUGACUUCAUUGUUUUUUAAGAGUGCACAGGCAAUCCAAGUCAUUAGCUGUUUAGAUAAAGUAAAUCUUACACCAUUAGUCAUUAAUAAAAAGAGACAAAUUUACGCAAAAGCUAGUCAUCACAGAGACUAAUCUUCUUUCAAGGAUUGUAUUAGUCAAGAUAACAAUCUUGUGUCAUAUACGAUAGAACUGUCAAGAGCAGAUAAUCUUGUGUCUUUUCUACAUUUUUUCGUGAGUUCUUGACAGAACAAAGUGCCGAACCUCCGAACAGUCCUAAAGUCCCAACGGACUGGAAAACAAGUUUGGACUUAGCUUGUUAACCAAAACCCUGAUGUCCCGAAUGUUCAUUCCGAAACCACUGGUUUCCUGAGACCUUCACUCACAACUUUGCCAAACUUGGUCAAACGUUUGUCAUUGUCCAGUUAAAUACUCUUUCUUACUCGUACAUCUAAAUGAAGUAUAAGCCCCUGAAAAAAAGACAUCUUGAUAUGUAAUAUUUAAUAAAUGAUUUGUAUACAAUGUAUUUGUCAUCUGCAACUGGAGUCAGUGCUCUUCCCCAACCCCCUUUAUGAAUCUCGUUAAUAUCGUCAAUCAAAAACUUUAAAAAUUGUGUUUCAUAACAUAUUGCUAUUGUAGCUCAUGAUCUGUCAAUUAAAAUGCUUCAAACAGA